AUGGGCGGAGGAGCCCCGCGCCUGCACCGGCUGCUGCUGCUGCUGCUGCUGCUGCUGCUGCUGGGGCCGUGCAGCUGGAGCACGGCCGCGCUGCGAGGGAAUGAGAACGGCGAGGCCCUGCCCGAGUCCAUCCCCUCGGCGCCGGGGACGCUGCCGCAUUUCCUGGAGGAGCCGGACGAUUCCUACAUCAUCAAGAGCAACCCCAUCGUGCUGCGCUGCAGGGCCGCGCCCGCCAUGCAGAUCUUCUUCAAGUGCAACGGCGAGUGGGUGCACCAGAACGAGCACGUGUCCCACGAGAGCCUGGACGAGGCCACAGGGCUGAAGGUCCGGGAGGUUUCCAUCAACGUCACGAGGCAGCAGGUGGAGGAUUUCCAUGGCCCCGAGGAUUACUGGUGCCAGUGCGUGGCCUGGAGCCACCUGGGCACCUCCAAGAGCAGGAAGGCGUCGGUGCGCAUCGCCUAUCUACGGAAGAACUUCGAGCAGGACCCCCAGGGCAAGGAGGUUCCCAUCGAGGGGAUGAUUGUCCUGCACUGCCGGCCCCCCGAGGGCGUCCCUGCGGCCGAGGUGGAGUGGCUGAAGAACGAGGAGCCCAUCGAUUCCAACCUGGAUGAGAACAUCGACACCAGGGCUGACCACAACCUCAUCAUCCGCCAGGCGCGCCUGUCUGACUCGGGCAACUAUACCUGCAUGGCUGCCAACAUCGUGGCCAAGAGGAGGAGCCUGUCCGCCACCGUGGUGGUCUACGUGAACGGCGGCUGGUCCUCGUGGACGGAGUGGUCCAGCUGCAACGCGCGCUGCGGCCGGGGCUGGCAGAAACGCUCGCGCACCUGCACCAACCCGGCGCCGCUCAACGGGGGAGCGUUCUGCGAGGGCAUGUCCGUGCAGAAGAUCACCUGCACCUCCCUCUGCCCCGUGGACGGCAGCUGGGAGGCGUGGAGCGAGUGGUCGGUGUGCAGCCCCGAGUGCGAGCACCUGCGGGUGCGCGAAUGCGCCGCCCCGGCGCCCCGCAACGGCGGCAAGCACUGCGAGGGGCUGAGCCAGGAGUCCGAGAACUGCACCGAGGGGCUGUGCAUCCAGGAUAAAAAACCUCUUCAUGAAAUAAAAUCCCAAAACGUGGAGCGCGGCGGGGACAUCGCGCUGUACUCGGGGCUGGCGGCGGCGGUGCUGGCGGUGGCCGUGCUGGCGCUGGGGGUGACGCUCUACCGGCGCAGUCAGAGUGAGUACGGCGUGGAUGUCAUUGAUUCCUCUGCACUCACGGGAGGCUUCCAGAGUUUUAAUUUUAAAACGGUCAGACAAGGUAACUCCCUGCUGCUGAACUCGUCCCUGCAGCCCGAGCUGACGGUCAGCAGGACCUACAGCGGCCCCAUCUGCCUGCAGGACCCCCUGGACAAGGAGCUGAUGACGGAGUCGUCCCUGUUCAACCCCCUGGCCGACAUCAAGGUCAAGGUGCAGAGCUCCUUCAUGGUGUCCCUGGGCGUCACCGACAGGGCCGAGUACCACGGCAAGGCCGCCGCCGGCGCCUUCCCCCAGGGCACGCCGCGGCCCUUCGGGGCCGUGCAGGCCAGGAACAAGGCAGUGUUCAUCCAGAACCUGGCCUCCAUCUCCAGCAGCAGCGAGCUGAGGAGCUCGGCCCUCUUCGGGCACCUGGGGGGCCGCUUGGUGGUCCCCAACACAGGGGUCAGCCUGUUGAUUCCACACGGAGCUAUUCCAGAGGAGAGUUCCUGGGAAAUCUACCUGGCCAUCACCCAGAGGGAGUCCAGCCUGGAGCCGGAGGGCCCCGAGGUGCUGCUGGGGCCCGAGGUGAGCUGCGGGCCGCCCGAGCUGGCAGCGAGCACCCCGUGCGCCCUGACCAUCCCGCACUGCGCCCACGCCGACCCCCAGCACUGGAGCAUCCGCCUCAAGAGGAGGACGCCGCAGGGGAAGUGGGAGGAAGUGAUGUCUGUGGAAGAGGAAACUACUUCUUGCUACUGCCUGUUGGAUCCUUAUGCCUGUCACAUUCUCUUAAACAGCUUUGGAACUUAUGCCCUAAUUGGGGAACCCAUCUCUGACUGCGCCGUUCGACAGCUGAAAGUCGCCGUUUUUGGCUGCCUGUCUUGCAACUCUCUGGAUUACAAUCUGAGGGUUUAUUGUGUGGAUAACACCCCUUGUGCAUUCCAGGAAGUGGUUUCGGAUGAAAGACUCCAAGGGGGGCAAUUGCUGGAGGAGCCCAAACUUUUGCAUUUUAAAGGCAACACCUGCAGCCUCCAGAUCUCGGUGCUGGACGUGCCUCCCUUCCUGUGGAGAAUCAAACCCUUCGCUGCCUGUCAGGAGGUGCCGUUCUCCCGCGUGUGGCGCGGCAGCCCCCGGCCCCUGCUCGGCUCCUUCUCGCUGGAGCGCUUCAGCCCCGCCACCAGCCAGCUGUGCUGCACCGUCAGCGUCCGGCAGCUGCAGGGCCACGAGCUGCUGCUGCACGUCCAGACCUCCGUCCUCGAGGCUGAGAGGGAGAACAUCACCUUCUUUGGCCACGAGGACAGCGCCUUCCCCGCCCAGCUGGGCCCCAAGGCGUUCAAGAUCCCGCGCUCCAUCCGGCAGCGCAUCUGCGCCACCUUCGACGCGCCCGGCGCCAAGGGCAAGGACUGGCAGAUGCUGGCCCAGAAGAACAGCAUCAGCAGGAAUCUCUCCUUCUUCGCCACCCAGAGCAGCCCCUCCGCCGUCAUCCUGGACCUGUGGGAGGCGCGGCACCAGCACGACGGGGACCUGGACUCGCUGGCCUGUGCCCUGGAGGAGAUUGGAAGGACGCACUCCAAGCUCCCAGACGUGGCAGAGCCCGAGCUCGAGGAGCCCGAAUUCCCCUGCAGCAGGAGCGGGCUUUAGUCCCUGUGUCCCGCCAGGACGCGCGGCCAGCCCGGCCCUGACGGCAGGGCUUGGUGCCCGUGGGGAUGGAACUCACCCCGGAGCAGCGGCAGUGCCAGGAGCACAAGCAGCCCUGCUAAAAACCCUCUGGUGAUGAGGAAAAGAAGCUUCUCCCUGUCCUCCUCCACUUAAAAUCCGUCUUUUGGUGCCCCAGACAAACCUGCACUCGUGUCAGUCCCGGGGCAGGAGGGGAGAGAGACACAGAGCCAUAAGAGGUAAAUGUUCUCGUGUAUUUAGGAACAGUCAUGUUCGUGCAAUGCCUAGUGAAAACCAACGAGUCAUGGUGGACGUUUCGAGCCGCUGGAGGUUAGUCCUGGCUAAAAGGUUUCUCGCUUUGAGAGUGGUUUAAGAUCCCAUCACGCUGUCACUUUAUGUCUGCUACAGGAAAACUGAAAAUUUGGCCUUAUCCUGUUCAGAUGCUUGAGGAAUUAGAAGAUCUCUUAAUUACUUCAUAUCAUGUGUACUCCAAAUCAUUUGUUUUAAAAAUUCAGCCCCUCAAUGAAUGUACCUUUGCUGCAGAGCUCUGCUGCCCGCUCUGUUACCAAAAUUCCAGAACAAAUCCCUUCUCUCUGAGACCGGGGGGGUGUGCACACGCAGGAGGAAUUUUCUAAUUUUCUACGUCUGCAAACUUUCUUAGUCAAAAACUGUCUUUGGGGGUGGAUUUAAAUAACCCGAUAGCACACGGGAAAUUUCCAGCCCUGUUUUAGCAAGUUGAGACGUUUAUUUUUAUUACUUCACGCCCUGUGGCUGAGCUAAAGGUGAAGGCAAUCAGCGCAGCUUCGUUUUGGUUUGGUUUCGGACCGAAACCACAAAACCCUGCACGGCACUGCCAACACUGGCCUCGAUUUCACUGCACAAUUUGGGAAUUUCGCCGGAUCCAGAGCUGGCUGUGUUACCUUGGUUAAUUACAAACUCUGUUUACCCCCAAAAUCAGAACCGAAACAGAAAAUUCGCCUCAUUUUUUUUAUCCAUUCCAUACAAAUAUGAUUUAUGACUUCAACCAAACCAAAAAGAGCUGUCACUGUGAGCGAGGGCCCGGUGGAGCUGGAACUGAGCCAAACUUCCCCAUUAUUUUGUCCAUUCUUUUCCCUCCCAUCCUUCACAACAGCCGAGGCGCUCCUCAGUCCGUGCGGCUGCCAGGGGCACAGCCAGGAGAAACGGGAACAGAAAUGGGGCUUUGGGAGCUUUGUGGAAACGCAGGAAACCCAAAACAGGGAUGUGGGGGCUGUUUUAGCCUCGUGUUUGGCUGGUCCAGUCUGGAAUUAUUGCUUCACCCAGGACUGCGGUGUGAAAAUCCAAACAACAACAACAACAGCAACUCUGCCCUUGCUCCGGCUGCUCCGAAAUCGCCAAUGUCACUGCCUGCCCGGCUCAGGAGCAGGCUGAGACUUGGAAAUCCUGAGGCUUGGAAAUCCUGAGACCUGUGCAAACAUCUCCCGCAGCUCCGCAUCCCCUGCAGCCUGGCAGGGGCAGAUUUAGGGGCAGACAGAAAUACCGGCUGCAAGCUGUCACUGCUUUCAGCAGCACAUGCUCCUCGCAGGGUGGAAUUACAUCUCCAGUGACUGCCAGUCCUCCCCCUCAGAAACCUGUUCUUCGUUGGACAAAAUGUCAGGCAUCAGAAAAAACAAAACAAGGAAUGGCAUCCAGGGAUGGAACGCGUCUGCGAGCCGCCGUUGUCGGGGAAACCAGCCCGGGUCUGUCUCCUGCGGGGAAUUCGCUCUCGUUCCCCCAGGGCGGCUCCGGCUCUGCAGCGGGCUGGGCUGGUGUCCCCGGGUGCUCCGGGGACAUUCCCCAGAGCUGCGUCCUCUGCCCUGCUUCCCAAACCCGCCGGAGCUCCCACAGCCCAAAAGGAGCUCUGGGAGCUCCCACAUCCCAAAAGGAGCUCUGGGAGCUCCCACAUCCCAAAAGGAGCUCUGGGAGCUCAGCCCUGCAGCCUUUCCUCAGGGAACAGCCGGGGUUCUGCCUUGGGAACACCCUGGGAGCUCUGCAAACCCCCAGUGCAGGACACCUGGCCAAAGCUCAGCUCACAGAGACCCGGCCUGGGAUGAUCCCAAAGCUCAGCUCACAGGGACCCAGCCUGGGCUGAUCCCAAAGCUCAGCUCACAGGGACCCAGCCUGGGCUGAUCCCAAAGCUCAGCUCACAGGGACCCAGCCUGGGCUGAUCCCAAAGCUCAGCUCACAGGGACCCAGCCUGGGCUGAUCCCAAAGCUCAGCUCACAGGGGCUCAGCCUGGGCUGAUCCCAAAACUCAGAUCACAGGGACCCAGCCUGGGCUGAUCCCAAAGCUCAGCUCACAGGGACCCAGCCCCACACCAGAAUCCCAGUUCCACCCACAAUCCCAGCAGUUCAUGUCCUGGAAGGGAAUAAAUGUCCAGACUGGACAAUUCCAGAAGGAAACUGUUCCCCCAUGGCUGGGCAGGGCUCAGUUGGAUGUUAAGCUUUAGUUCCCUGGUUUUAAUUCCCUUUGGCUAAAGCAGUUCCUUGUUGCUGAUCUCACUCUUUGAGAACGUCAAUCAACAGCUCUCGAGUUUUCCUUCCUAUUCCUGACUCUUCUGAUGCUCUUGUAUUCUUCAAAUGAACCAGAAAUGCCCCAAAUAGUUAUUUCCUUUCUCUUAAGAAGACCUUUUUGAAAUCUGUGCACAUAUUUAUAUGGUUUGACCCAAAACACAGAUGUGGGGGAGCACCCGGGAAAAGAUCAGAGGCCAGAAAUUAAAAAUUCAUUCCUUUCUUCUGUUGCAUAAAUUAUGAUAUUUGAAAAACGAUUUUCCCAAACCAUAAAGUAAAAGAAAGAGAAAUGUGAUUUUUUUUUUUUCCCCUCCCUGUAGAUUCCACGUGGCUGCCCUGGCUCUGCACAGGGGAAAGAGCCAUUCUGAUUUUACAUCACCAAAGAAUCUGCUUCAGCAGGUUUUCAUCUUCCUGAGCACUUUGCCCAGGUAUUUCUGUGCCGUGAGUCAUUGCAGACUAAUGGCUGCAUUUUAAAAAUGACUCCCGGCUCCGCCAGCACCAUAAAGCUCAUUUCCAUUUCGUACCGCCCUGCACUCCCACGGAAAUUUUACUGGGAUUUUUGUAAUAGAUGAAAAGAUACCGACACAAUUCUCUUAAAACCCAGGGAACUGCUUCUGUCAUCGCUUGUAUCUCUGGCUGCAGCUGCUCUCCCCCUCGCUGGCCUGGGCACUGCUGGCUUUCAGAGAAUCUUAUUCAGCAUAAAUCACCAAAAUGGAUCUUGCAGCUUCCGGGAUAUUCACUUCACACUGCAAGUCCAUUUUUCCACUUGCAAGGCAGUGCUGUGUGAGUUUUAAAGCAUUCAAGAACUGACCAAUUCCAGAGAAUAUUUCCCACAGAAGGAAGACACAGCUCAGGUCCACGGUGAGUUAAACAAGGGAGGGACCAGGCUGGGCUUCUGGUCACCACCUGGAUUCUCUUUAUUCAGCUCGUAAAACACAGAUUGCAGCAAAGCUGCCUCAGUUCUUGGCUGCUAAUUAACUGAGUGGAAAACAGGAAAUGAGAUUUUUAAGUCCUUGACAACCGUGGAUGAUCUCCAGGAUUUCCUCUCUGGCCUUUCCUGGGCUGAUUCCCCCAGGGAGUUCUGCCCUGUGGCACAGCAGGAGAGGGUGAACAUCCCUCACCCAGAGCCUGUCCAUUCCUGCUCGGGAAUGUUUCCCAGGGACUGUUCAUUCCUGGGAUGAGCUUUGGUGAAAUUCCUCCCUGGACACUGCUCCAGCUCGAGCAGAGCCCGGGGGGUUCUGUGACAGCAAACACAAAUCUGUUCCUCCUUGGUCUGGUUAAAAGGGUUUACAGGAUUCCUGAGCAGAUGCAGGAACUGACCCCAGCCGGUUCCUGCAGCCACCAGGGCCACUGCGGGUGCAGGUGAUUGUGUCCCACCCCAGAACUCACGGCCCUGCCCCUCCUCCUUGCCAGUACCAGCAGAAACGGUAGCAAAAAAAAACCUCAUUCAGGGCACAGACAGAAAUAAUGGAUCCCUCUAGGACUGGAGGCUGGCUUGGAGCAUCCUUUGGUGGUGGCAGUGCCUGCAGGGCAGGAGGCAGAGCCACGGGGGAAGAAGAACCUGUCCCUCUCUGUGUCCGUGUCCAUGUCCCUGUCCCUGUCCCUGUCCCUCUCUGUGUCCCUGUCCCUGUCCCUGUCCCUCUCUGUGUCCAUGUCCCUGUCCCUGUCCCUGUCCCUGUCCCUGUCCCUGUCCCUGUCCCUGUCCCUGUCCCUCUCUGUGUCCCUAUCCCAGUCCCUGUCCCUGUCCCUGUGCCUGUCCCUGUCCCUGUCCCUGUCCCUCUCUGUGUCCCUGUCCCUGUCCCUGUCCCUGUCCUGUCCAUGUCCCUGUCCCACUCUGUGUCCCUGUCCCUGUCCCUGUCCUGUCCAUGUCCCUGUCCCUGUCCAUGUCCCUGUCCCAUCCCUGUCCCUGUCCUGUCCCUGUCCUGUCCAAAGCAGACCGUGUUGGGAAUUCAGCACUCUGAUCUCUGUCCCGGGGUCAGCAGUGCCGGCUGUAGGAUCUGCCUUUGUUGUCCGGCCCAGGGGGAGAAGGUUUGGGAUGUCCUCCCAAACCCUCCAGGACUGAGCGACCCUUGGAUGUGGAACAUCCAACCGCUGCCAUUCCCCAUUCUGGAAUUGGGAACAUCGACCUGUGGUCGGGACAUCUCCUCGAAUUCCUUCAGGUGUCCCCGUUCCCCGCUGGGGGAGGGAGGGAGGGAUGUUUUUAGGUGAAGCUGUAGAUCUUUGUGUCUUUUCCCAUCUCAGCCUAAAGCCCAUCCCGCGGUGCUGAGCCCCAGGGCUCCCCAGCCUCCCCCAGCUGGACAGGGCACACACAAACCCCGAAUUCAGCUUUGGGGACAGCAAACGGACAUCAGCUCCCCGAGCUGCCUCCUCACACCCCUCAGCCAAAUCCCUCCCACCCCGACUCUGAUCCCGGCCGAUAAAUGGUUACAAAGCAUAAAGUGUGCACCUUCUGUUGGUUUGGAUAAGGGAAGGUGUGACGCUGGUCAGUCUGGUGGGACCCCGAGCAGGGUCAGACAAGGGAAAACAAAAUUCCCAUUGCGUUUUCAACUUCCAAAACCUUGGACCAGCUCUGAGGUGGAACUUCAACCCAAUCCAACACAAAAUAUAAAUAAUUCCUAAAACUAGGGGAAAAAAAAAAAUUAAAAACCCACAAAUAUUCCUCUAGAGAGACCUCUUUUCUCUUCUGCUCCUUUGUUUUUGCAAUGAAUCGGUGGUGAAAAGGUCAGUUCUCGGCUGCUCUGCCUGAGCAUCCCUCCCUGGCCGGGCUCGGCGUGUUUGGGGUGAAGGAGGGCAGAGCUCUGAACCCUUUCUUUAGGAUGAAGCUGAAGCAGUUGGGGGAGGGAGACAGAACGUGGAAUCUAAAGCAUGGCCUUGGCUUCAUACCACACUUUCUGUGCCUUGUUCUAUCGAUGUAAAUUCUGAAUGUUGUACAGUGAAAAUACUUGGGAAAGUCUCCUUGGAAAAGGCUGCACUGGCUCCUUUUUUCAGCACAUGUACAUAUAUAAAUACAUAUAAAUAGAUAUACAUAUCUUUGGUAAUGGCAGCCGGCUGUGUUCUGUUGUCCUGGAGAAGUCGCAGUGGACACUUUGGAUGUUUCCCCUCGAGUUUCAGCCCUGUACGGCCCCGGCCUUUGGAGAGAGAUGUACAGAUGGAAUUAUGGAUAUCAGCUAUUUAUGAAUAAAGAGUCUUUUACUGACA